UUUCGGUCUUGCGGUGACAACAAGACGUUCUUUUCCGCGCGCAAAUUCGUAAAAAGAAUAUUCAACUUUUUUUAAUACUCUAGUUCGAAAGAAGUUUGAAUAUUUAACGUGGUCGAGUUAGAUGUAUGUUUGUUGUGUUGGAAAUGGUGAGAUUCUGGUGGAUGUUCAUGUUAUUUGCAAAAACGGUGUCGGCUAGUGAUAAUCAGUUGCCCGACGCAGAAGUGGGUAAAGAAUCGCGCUUCCUUCCUUUAUUCGAAGUGAAGCGAUUUGACGGUAGACCCGCACCACAGAUUGGUCCUGGUGGUCUGCAGCCUUUAACCACCGUUCCCAUAGCCGGAGAACGAUGCUCGCAAAGACUGGAAUCAGCACUGGACCAGUUGAAAAGAAGAAAGAGGAACCAACCAAAAAGUUUGGAUACCCCUCUCAGUCAAAGCAUCGAUCUCAAUGGCUACAGCUUAUAUCAGCAAAUGAGGAGCGCGCCAGUAGAUAUGAUCGUGACAAGAAUGCGAGUUCGCCUACCGCAGAACAGCAACUGGGUGCGAGUAGAGAAGUGCUACUUUGAUCCUAGAAAUGUAUCCUUGGACACUAUGCUCUUGUUUAACGACCUUACUAUAAGUGGAAACGUGGACUUGUACGAUGCGUCAGAGUUGGAUAAAGGGAUUCCACCUAACGGACGUUCGAGAAGAGACUAUGUACCCCGGCCUUACGAGGGCCCAUAUCCUGAUGAUCGCUAUUACCGAAAUCGUGGCAACGGAUGCAACAUGAUUCUAAGAUUAAGAAAAGCAGGGAUAGGUUUCCACACGCGACCUUUGAACCAACAACCAGGGAAGUUCAAUGUCAAAACAGACUCUGAAUUUGUGGAGCCUGGCUUCAUUAGCGUAUAUGCGUAUGGUUGUGAAAAGUACAUCAACAGAAACUCUGUUAGAAACAAGGACAAUCUGCCCUUAAAACGAAGAAGACGGUCAGAUGAAUUUUCAUUCAAUGCUCACCUAACAGAACCUAUUAGGGAUGGACUUGACAGUAGAUCAACAGAUAAUAAUUGGGAUAUAGUAUAUGAACCUCGUAGUAGAAUAAAUUACGAAAGGAGUAAGCUAUUUAGACCUGAUGAUGAUCUAGAUGAAGUAGAAGAUAUUUCCAGAGAGAUGGAAGACAUUUUUACAAAAGGAAUAAGAACUCUUUUGACAACAUACAUGAAAAAGGAACUGCAACCGGCUAUAAAAGAUACAUUAAUGAGAAACAUGGGUUAUGUCAUAUCAUAUGGUUAACUUUUAGUCAAUAUUUGUUGAUCAAAUUUAUUUAUAGGAGCUGUAUGUAUGUGAACUUAUCAGAUUAUUUCUUUGAAUAAAUAAAUUACAAGUUUUAUAAUUAACUAAAAUGUAUUUUAAUAAUAACAUUUUAGUUACAUUUACUACGGCUCUAUCAAAUAAUCUAAUUCAUAAUAAUGCUGAUUUAUUGAUUAGAAAUUACAAAAAUGUUCCAUAAAUGAUAAAAAAGUAAAAUAUUUAAUCUUAAUAUAAUAAGGAUGUAUAAACAAUUUUCCAAAUGUAAUUUUUUUAAUUGAAAUAAAAUUUACUCUUUAGAAAAAAAGUAUUGUUUUACAAAUAUGUAACAUAACCAUAUUGUAUAGAAGUAGAUGUAUCAAAUCAAUUGAACAUAUUAAAUAAAUUGUAUAGGUAUAUAAAAAUAAAGGUGAUAUAGAAGUAACAUAUCAUUGUGCAUCCGGCAAGACAUAGCAAUUAAAGAGUGGAGACAUUUUGCUUAUAAAUAAAUCAAUAUUUUAUAUAAAUGAAAUUAUAAGUGAUUUUAAGGAAAAUGAAUAAAUAACCUGGUUAAUAAAUAUCUAUGGCACUUUCAUUUUCCCUCUACUUAAUCAAAACAUACAGGUAUCGAUGAUAUUACCUCUGUAUUCUCAUUAAAAAAUAUUUAACCUCAUCAUACACAGCAAAAUGUAGGGCAGACACUACUAUAGCUUUCAAAGUACUUGGUGCGUAACCUUUAAACAAUGCGAGAAAUCCCUCUUCAACUAUAGUCAGCUUUAUGCAGUGAAUAGAACCCUUACAGUAGAUUUGUCUACCAAAUGAUUCCCUGUGUGUUUGGAAACCUUGUAUUUGAAGACGUUUUUUGACUAAAUCAAAUGGAUAUAUAGCAGUCUUGGCAAAAAAUCCAGCUAAUGAACCAGCUAAUAAAUUCCCCAGGAUUGUUGAUUCCACUACACCACUCACAGUGUUUUGUCUUUGGAAAUACUCUAUCCUGUUUAAUACAUUAUCUGUGAAUAACUUGUAAAUUGCAAACUGUAUACCUGCAUGGGGUGCUAUUUGGCCCAACGUUGGGAAUAGUCCUUUGUAAAAAGAGGUAAAACCUUCAUUUUUCAACAUAGUAGAAAAGGCGUCAAUAAAGCCUUUGUAUACUCUCUGUGAUUUUUGUUCAGCUAUCAGUCUUGUUCUCAAUGUGUCAAAAGGAAAAGAAAUAAUAGUAGCAACUGUAGCGGCGACACCACCGUUUGUAAAAUUAAUCCAGUGCCUGUUAUUCUUAUAAUGAUAUGGUUCAGAUCUUUGAGAUAUUUGAGUUAACUUUUCGAAUACUGAAAAUUGCACUACACCAUACGUAAUCGAAAGGAACUGAGCUGGUAUAUGGCCACUCCAUAGUGUAGCCAAACCCUCUUCUCUCACGAUAGAUGACACAGCUUGUGUAACAGAUUUAUAUUUAGAAUUAGAUUCAGACUUUAUAGGUUCCAGUUGCAGUUGAAAACGAACUUUCAGUACAUCGAGAGGUUGGGCGAUAGCUCUUGUUAUACCACCUGCUGCUCCACCAGCAAGAGCGGACUGGAAUACUGUAACAUCAGUUGCAUCAUGUGUUUUAUAUACCAUUGUAAUAUUUCUAAUAAGUAAUAGAAGUUAACUUUUAAAAUAUUGCCAAUUUUAACCAAGAACCGAUAUCCAUUUACUACAAUUUUAACAAAACACGAUAGACUCUUCUUCUUCUGCGUCUUUUAUUAAUGCCUUAUCUGCGCAUUUCGCACAUUUCUGCAAAUCUCAAGUUUUAUCAGAACAGAAACUAACUACUAUAUAAUAUACUCUAUGACAGAAACCACUAUAUGUCAAAUGGCUGUCACUCAAACUCAGCUGAUUGAAUAAUCCAC